AUGACAGACAUAUCGCUGGCGCCGAAUCGUUUCACAUAUACUGUCAUGAUAAAUGGCCACUUGAAAAGACAGAGUAUUGGUCUGACCCCGAAGCAGAAGGAGAAUGGAGAUCUGGAGGCUGCACUCCAGUUGAAGGCUCAGAUGGAGCAGGCAGGCUUCAAGCCAGAUGAAUGCACCUACCAUUUGCUGAUGGCAGAACUCUGCUUGGCUGAACGGCUGGGAGAUGUUACAGCUUUAUUCCUCGAGAUGCUGAUACAAGGGACGACAUUACAUAAGAUCGUUCAUAGCAGCCUGUUGGAGUUCCUCUGUAGAAUCAAUGAAGAUCAGUUACUGGGCAUCAUUGAAGAAUCUGCAAAGAGCGGUGUUUCUGCAGCGGAUAAUGGUUGUAUUACCUUGUUGAAGGAGCUUUGCAGGAUUGAUAAGGUUUCAAGUGCAGAAAAGGUGUUGCAGACAUUUGCCAGAGCAGGGUUGGUCCCAACGACAGACAUGUACAGCAUUCUUAUUGACGGGUAUUGCAAGAUUAGGGAACUCCAUGGGGCAUUCUUGUUGUAUCGCCAGAUGAAAUCACAUGAUCAGCUUGUACCUAAUGAAGCCACCUACGAGGCACUACUGCUGGCUGUGCGCAACAACACAAGCAUCGUCUACUGGGAGGACGUGGAGGAGUUGUUUGAGAAAAAUGGAGUUAGUAUAGAUGCACUGAACUCCUUUUCUGACAUAUAUGGAUUCAAGUCGGUAUAUUCUAGUACCUAG